AUUGAAGUGCCUGAAGUGUCACAAAGUGAAGAAGGACAGAAGCAGAAGUUACAUACUGUUAUCGAAACAGUUAAUCGGAUUAUAGCUCAAGGACAGUAUGAGAAGGCGAAGUGGAAUGCGGACAUGAUCCAUAAUAAGGACACAGUGGCAAUUGUUCAGCUGCUGGUUGCGAUUGCAAUGCACUUCCGUGCACCGGUUAGAUUCCCGGAAUACGUAAAUGCUCAAGUGCUUGUUGUACAGAAGAAAGACAAUCAGAUCAGAAGUCGCUACAUGACGGAGCAACUUACCACCACACAGCUCGAACUGGGUGUCAAGGUCUGGAAUGUGCAUUACUUGUUCGACACAGUAUCCUGCUUUUCAGAUCGCUUAUUGAUUUCAAACUUCGCACUCUAUUCCCUGCUAGCUUUCUGCAACAAGCAUCUCAAUAAAAUCAAUUUGGAAGUGACGGAUCUGGAAAAUCAAUUUCAAGAUGGCGUUUACUUGGUGUUGCUAAUGGGCCUACUCGAGGGUUAUUUCGUGCCACUCUACAGCUUUUAUUUGCAGGUCGUGACCUACGAGCAGAAAGCACACAACGUUACGUUUGCAUAUCAGUUGAUGUACGAAGCAGGCUUGCAACGACCGCGAGCCCGAGUGCAGGAUAUUGUGAACGGUGAUUUGAAAAGUACCCUGCGCAUCCUGCACUCACUGUUCACACGGUACAAGCAUGUAUGA